GCAGCUUGUAUAUGAACUGAUGAAUCGUUAAGAUGGUCUUGCAAGAAUGGCACCAAACCUCGCAGAUUCACAGCACGAUCAAAUUCGUGAUAUGGUUCUUAGUAAGUCGCUCACAACUGUUCAGAUGGCUGACAUAGCCGGCUGUAGCACGCGCUCGAUUAAAGCAAUCCGCUCCAACCUCCGUUAUUUUGGUACAACCAAAGCUCCUUUAAAUGGGGUUGGACGACCCCGAUGCAUCAGCCCUUCUACGUUGGAAGCUUUGCGCGAAUAUCUUCUCGGUAAGCCUGAUCGGUAUUUAGAUGAGUUAGCUAUUCUUUUGUGGGACGAUUUCGAUAUUCUCGUUACAACAAUGAGCAUAAGUAGGGCGUUGGCUUCUAUGGGUUGGUCAAAGAAGACGGCUCGCAGGGUGGCGAGAGAGCGGAAUGCCGAUCUGCGAGAUCUAUACCUUCAUAACAUAUCAGCAUUUCGCUCCUACCAUCUUGUUUAUGUGGACGAAUCUGGAUGUGACAAGCGGAUCGGGUUUGGACGAACGGGUUGGUCUCCGGUUGGCGUGACGCCCGUCCAAAUUGCUCAAUUCCAGCGUGAGCAGCGAUAUCGGAUCCUGCCUGCGCACACACAAGACGGUGUCAUUCUCGCACGCGUUUUUCAGGGAUUCACAGAUAGUACUCUCUUUGAAGACUUCAUCGAGCAACUCCUUCCACUCUGUGGUAGAUGGCCAGAGCCAAAUUCGGUUCUGGUUAUGGAUAAUGCAUCCUUCCAUCAUACCGAGAGGAUCGAGCAGUUGUGUAAUGAAGCUGAAGUGAAAUUGGUAUAUUUGCCGCCAUACUCACCAGAUCUAAAUCCAAUUGAGGAGUUUUUUGCCGAGCUGAAAGCUUUUAUCAAGCAAAGCUGGUCGAACUACGAAGAAAAUCCCAAGCAAGGUUUUGAUGCUUUUCUAGAGUGGUGUAUUGAUAUUGUUGGGGGAAGGGUGCGUAGUGCGAGAGGCCAUUUUAGGCAUGCAUGGUUGACGAUUGAAGAGUUGUAAAUGUAUUUUGAGCUUUUUUAUUGUCUGUUAUUCAUAAAAUCUAGGACAUAGCAAUAUAACAUUAUAUAGUAUAAUUUAAUUUAGAACUCA